UUUUAAAAUGUAUACAUUUUUAUUUUUUAGACUUACUGCUUCAGUGUUUGGUAAAUUAUGUAAACUGCGCCAAACCACGUCUCGCGAAAAAGUUAUAAAAGAAAUGUUGUAUGGGACUUUUAGUGGCAAUGCUGCUACACGAUAUGGAAUUGCACACGAAGACAUGGCUAAAGAAGAGUUGGAGAAAAUAAUUGGAAAAAAAAUUGAAAAUGCAGGUUUAUUUGUAGAUGCAAAUUUACAAUUUUUAGCGACGUCUCCCGAUGGGCUAAUAGACAAUGAUAGUCUCGUCGAAAUUAAAUGUCCAGCGUCUGCCAAGAGUUUUACUCCAGAAGAAGGAAUUUUAAUGAAAAAAAUAAAAAGUUGCACUAUUGAAAACGGUCAACUACAUCUAAAAAGAAACGAUAAUUACUUUUACCAAGUCCAGGGUCAACUACACAUAACACGCAAAAUGUUUUGUUAUUUUUGUAUCUGGACACCUAAAGCACACAAAUAUGUACUUACUCUACUAUCAACCCAAAUAUCAUAUAAAAGAUCUUUUUCUUUCUUAAAAAACAUUAAGUCAAGACUUCGUAGUCAACUUUCGGAUCCAAAACUAGAAGCAUUCAUGUUAAUGGCCAUUGAAAAACAGAAAUUAACACUAUUAGAUUCAGAUAAAAUUAUAGAAGAAUUACAAAAAGAGAAUUCUCUUUUAAAAAAAAGAAAAGUGAUUUUUUUUUAUAAAUUACAUCUGAUAACAACUAGGUAUCUUAUAUCUGCCCAUACAAACCUCACUUAA